AUGAGUCUGUUACCUCGGACGGCAGAUGAGUUCAGCUCUGCAGAGUACUGGGAGAAGUUUUUUAAGAAACGCGGAGACAAGGCGUUCGAGUGGUAUGGAGACUACAACAAACUCUGCGGCAUGCUGCAUAAAUACAUGAAAGUACAAGAUAAGGUGCUGGUGGUUGGCUGUGGUAAUUCUGAGCUGAGUGAACAGCUGUAUGAUGUUGGUUAUAAACAUCUGAUCAACAUCGACAUCAGUGAGACAGUAAUAACUCACAUGAGCCAGCGGAAUGCUGAGCGUCGGCCAGGCCUCACCUUCCAACAGGUGGAUGCAACCAAAACACCAUAUGAAGAUGCCAGCUACCAGGCUGUCCUGGAUAAGGGCACCCUGGAUGCCAUGGCAUCUGAAGAGGAGGGAGCGCUGGCUAGGAGCAUGCUCACUGAGAUGAGCCGUGUGCUAAGCAUAGGGGGGCGGUAUGUCUGCGUGACCCUUGCUCAAGAAAGUGUGAUAAAGUUGGCUGUGGAGCAUUUUGUUCAGCUGGGGUGGGCAGUCAGACUCCACUGCCUACAGGAAGAAAGUGGGAAUGAGGAGGACUCUUUUGCUUUGCCUGUAUUUGUUCUGGUCUGCACCAAGUUCCGUCAGCCGAUGCCCAUGCCUGUUCUGGAGAUGUGUCUCGGGGAGGAUGGAGCCCCUGCUCGACUCACGCAGGUUGCUGAGUUGUUGUCAGCUGUCAGGGAGCAUCAGGCUUACUCAGUGUUGAGGAAGAGACUACGCACUGGUACAGAUGCCACCUCAAACGUCUCACUCACUCUUUGUCACGUUAAGACGGGCCUUCCCAGAUAUACUCUCACAAUUCAAGACUGUGCCCCAGGUGCCAAGGUGCCCAAAGCAAACCAGUUUGCAAUAUUUAUUGUACCUCAGGGUAGUGAGACGGCUUGGCUGUAUAGUUCCAAUGAAGGACAACGACAGCUGGCAGCCAGUGCAAAUUUUCGGCGCCUGGUUAUAGUGGCAAUGCACCGAAACCAAAAUUACACAGACAUGCCGGCUGUCCAGGCUGAGCUCUCUCCCAUGGUGAUGGACCUGGCUCCCCCUGGUAUGCCACCUAACCUGCAGGUGCCGUUCCUGUCAGCUACAGGCGACUUAGGUUGGCGAGAGGUGGUCAGCAGUGGUGUCAGUGAGCUCAGUGGGGAGUACUGUGUGGAGAAUGUCAGAGGAGAAGAUGGUGAACUGUAUCGCAGACUGGUGUUUUUGUCAAAUACAGCCCUUAUCCAAUCAGAGAGCCGCCUUCUCUCAUCAAAUACUGCAUCAAGUCACAAGAAAAAGAACAAGAAAAAAGUCAAACCAACAGCUCCUCCAACAACCCCCUCCACAUCUCUGUCUGUGGAUAGUGGCUUCCUCUGCUGUGCUCAUCAUAAACUUAUGGUUGCUGGUCUUUCCAUGGUUGGGGUUGGGGCACUGCAGAACAAAGAUGUGUCUGUGCUCCUGGUGGGACUUGGUGGAGGAGGCCUGCCUCAGUUUCUGCGGGACUUUGUUCCAGGAGCUAAUGUUGAGGUUGUAGAACUUGAUCCUGUUGUGCUGGAAGUGGCAAAGGAGUGGUUUGGAUUCCGACCAGAUGAUCACUUGGCGGUGACACUCGGAGAUGGCCUUGAACGCAUCUCUGCUCUGGAGAAAGAAGGUGAUCGCUUGUUUGAUGCCAUCAUGUUUGAUGUGGAUAAUAAGGACAGCACAGUGGGCAUGAGCUGUCCUCCUGCUUCAUUUGUAGAAGUCUCAGUCCUGGAGAAAGUCUACAAGCUGCUAAGUCCAAAAGGUGUAUUCAUCCUGAACCUUGUGUGUCGGGAUUCAGUCUUGAAGAAAAACCUGCUGGAGCGCUUGAAGGGAGUGUUUCCCACCAUCAUCUCUGGAGAUAUCGAAGGGGAAGUCAAUCAAGUAUUGCUGUGUUCUCGGGGAGAAAAUGAGAUAUCUGAUACCACCACCCUCCAGUCUUUGAGCCAAGCAGGCAAAUAUCUUCAGAGCACACUCAGCUGUAAUAGGACUGGAGCCAUCCACAGUCCACAUAUAGAUAUUGCAGACUUGAUAAAAGACAUGAAAAUAGUAUGAGUGUACCUGUGACCAAAGGGGAUGAAAUGUGAUGAU